ACAAAUAGCUCUAUUUUUCUUAUUACAUUUCUCUUUAAUGAAAUAAAAGAUUUUUCCAAAUAAAAAAUCAAUAUAUUUGUAUUUCUUGAGUGAAAGGAUAGUGAGAAUUAUACCACAAAAUAAAGUGUUGUUAUCCGAAACUCAAACUGAGAGUGAAUAAGGAGAGAAAAUGGUGAAUCUAGCAUCAGCUUCCGUGCAAUUCUCAAACCCAUUUCCGCCAUCUUCUUCUUACAAACCUCUUAUCCGCAGGAACUUCCUUCUCUUCACCACAAGAGCCAACGAACCUCAAACACCACCCUCUGAUUCGGACCCAUCCAAACCCAAUUCCGAGAUAACCGCCACCGGAGAAGACUUUGAUGACCGCAUUGACCAACUCCGCCGCCGUAACCGGAGGGGCACUGGCAAGAAGGCGGAAGUCCGUAAGAGCCGAAAGGCGAAUAAGGCUACUUCAGGGUCAGCGCCGGGGUCCGGCGUGUACCUACCGCCGGUGGCGUUAAAAGAACCGGUUUCCGGUGGAUUGAAGGUGGAGUUGGGGUUUAGCAAAUUCAGCGAGAGAUUGAACGGUCGUGUUGCGAUACUUGGAUUGACGGCACUGUUGCUGGUGGAAUUGGCAACAGGGAAAAGCGUUAUUAAUUUCCAUACACCUGGCACUGUACUUAUUCAGUUUUAUUUUAUGGCUGCCCUUACUGCUAUCUAUGUCAAGUUUCAGAAGGAGAAAAUCAGCAUUUGGCCCGACUCUUCCUCAACAAACUAGUGUUUUUUUUUAUCGUUGAGCUUCAAUUUGUUAUAUAUUAUUAUUAUUACUAUUAUUGUUGUUGAGCUUCAAUUUGUACAAUGAAAAAAAAUGCUAUUGCUUCUA